GGCGGCGGGCAGGCGGAUCGCGGCGCACGCGGGGCGCCGGGCGGCGGACGAAUGGAGAGGAAGGGCUCGGCGGCCGGGGCCAAGGGGAACCCGAGCCCGCCCGCGGCCGGCGAGGCGCAGCGGCCGCAGCCGCCGCUGAGCGUCCCGGGUGGCGGCGGAGGGACCCCGGCGCGGGGCCAGGCUGGGGCGGCGGCCGAGCCCGCCGAGUUCAUCCGGCGCGCGCACGAGUUCAAGAGCCAAGGGGCGCAGUGCUACAAGGACAAGAAAUUCCGCGAAGCCAUCGGCAAAUACCACCGGGCAUUGCUGGAGCUGAAGGGGCUGCUGCCAGCUGCCGGGGAUCGGGAGCGGGACUCGCGCGGGGCCUCCCCGGCCGGGGCCCCCAACCCCGGUCGCCUGUCGGAGGAGCAGAGCAAGACGGUGGAAGCCAUAGAGAUCGACUGCUACAACAGCCUGGCAGCCUGCCUGCUGCAGGCUGAGCUGGUGAACUACGAGCGAGUCAAGGAGUACUGCCUCAAAGUCCUCAAGAAGGAAGGGGAGAACUUCAAGGCCCUUUAUCGGUCUGGUGUGGCCUUCUACCACCUUGGCGACUACGACAAAGCACUCUACUACCUGAAAGAAGCGAGGACCCGACAGCCAACAGACACCAACGUGAUUCGAUAUAUUCAGCUGACGGAGAUGAAGCUCAGCAGAUGCUCCCAGAGAGAGAAGGAAGCCAUGUAACUCAAACACCUCCUAGAGCUGAGCCUGACCCAGGACAUGCAGGCAUCCCCUGGUGGAGAGCCCCUCCCUGGCUUCCGUUCCUUUCUCCCCACUUCCUCCUCCUGUUGCCCCUCAACUCCUUGUCUCCUCCCAGUGUGAAAAGAAGGAGCCAUGCAGAUUUGGAAGGGUUGCCCUGACACUGGGGACAUUCUCUUUUCAGUAGGGCAACCACUGAGGGGGACCUUACUUCUAUGGAAACGGCUGGAGAGGACUCUCAUGGGCUGGGAAUGCCAUUGCAGUUUUGACUUUGGGCCAGAGCUCCUGACAGAGACAGAGCCUGGCAGGUGUACCAUCCCAAAGGCAUAAGGCACGGAGCCCACGGGCUGGACCCCUCCACACCUUCCUGACAACUGGAGCAUCUCAAGGCAACUGGGUCGAAUCCAGGGAUGAGACAGACACCAGAGGCAUUGGUGAAGCCAACAGAGGGAAUUUGUACACUGGAUUUCUAACCACACCCCCCUGCCGCCACCACUCCCCACCCCAGGAACCUCAGCCCCUGCCUCCCUCCCUCCCUUGUUGUCUUGGCCUGCGCUUUCUUCUCUCCCCCUCGGGGAUCGGAGGCUCUGCCAGGAUUCACAUGCCAUUGAAGCCCACUCUCAGUGCCCUCCGGUGACCACACAUACCAUUCUCCCGGACUCCCACCCAGCAGUCAGCUGUGACAGCAGAAGGGCAGGGCAAAGUGGGCUAAGGGCUGGCCCCGUAGGUGAGGGUUGGAGGGAGAUGACACCUAGGGGAAGGAGCAUUUGUAGACUGAGAGAUUGAACUGUGGACUCACUAAGUGUAAAUAAAGAUAACUUAACAGGCAGCAGCUCCUGUCAUUUCUGUUGGAAGCAGCCCACUCCCUCCCUUUUCCUCCCUCCCCCACCCCCCUAAUCAGAGCUACUUACAGCCAGGCAGGAUGGGACCUUCCCCGAAGCAAUGGGCCGUUUGUCCAGUGGUAUACAACGCUGGCUGCGCCUUUGUGCUAUUAGAGUAGGCUGGGAUUAUGGAGACUGCCCUGGGACUUGGCUGUGUGGGAAUUUGUAAGCCUCCUUUUGAUGAAAUUAUCUGGACUCAAUAUCUAGUGCAUAGAUUCUGUUCAACAAAGAUAUGCUGAAUGACUAAGUGAUGACUGCAGACUGGCUCUCCUGCCUUAAGCUAAUUUUAUCCCAGCCUAGUCUCCUGAUACCUGCGCUCUUUAUGCGAUGCCAUGUUGCUUCAGUCCAAUAAGAAACAUUUACUGAGGGCUUGUUGUUUGCUUAUCAUUGUUCAAUAUGCUGUGGGACAGAGAAUGUAGUCCCGGUCUUCUAGGAGAUGGAAGAGUUGAGAAAUACUCAUAUGAGAUUAUUACCAAUGACACCUUUAAUUUAUAUGAUGCUUUAAAAUUUUCAAAGCACUUUCAUGUAUUUUUCGUGUGGUUAGUGAAAGAGACAAUAUUGUACAAAUUAAACUAUAUACAGACGCAAUAAUGUUAAUAGUGACCAUUGAUUAAAUGCACUAUCCUCAGAUCUUUACAUGUAUAAUCUCAUUUCUUUCACGCAAUUAUGCUACUAUUCCCAUUGGAUGGAUAAGAAAACUGAAUGAAACACAGGAAACUCUCCCAAGGUUGCAUGGCCUUAAGUGUGGCAUAGCUAGGAUUUGAACCAAGCGUGUCCGACUCCAGAGCUCCAGCUAUUAACUACCCUGUAGUUAGUUGCUGCUCUACAAAGUGUUAUAUUGAGUAGUUACAACCAUCAGGAGCAGGACAGUGUAUAUUAAGUUGACAAGCCUUGACUAUGUAAAUGGUGGUACAUGGGCCGCCUUUUGUAUUUAGCCCAAGGCAAAAAACGGUCCCUAACACUAGACUCCCUAGUGGCAGAAAAGACAGCUGAGACCAGCAGUUAUUCAUUCUCCUUGCUGAUGGGCCAGCAUGUAUCCAAACUACCCACCUGGCAUUCCUCAUCCCGUCCCCCGAACUGGGGAAGAGUCACAAUUAUAGGUAGAGAUCGACAGGAAACACGAAGUUAAUGAUGGGUUAUUUAUUUAAUCAGAGGCUCCAACACUGCAGGAUCCAAUCACUGCUGAGGGACCCAGAAGCCAGCAACACAGGUUAUAUUCACAUAGCUCCUCAAAGGCUUCCAACAGGGACUGUAAGAAGGUGCUAGAAAUAUCCAGGGGCGCCCAGGUGGUUGCCUAUAGCUCACCCACUGGAAAAGGGAAAAAGGAAAAAGCUGUUACGGCUGCCACAUUCUCCCCAACCCCUGCUGUAUCCUUUCUGCCCUCUUCCUCCAAAAUGGCCUCACAUGACCUCAACUCAAGACAACCCUGCAGCCCACAUAGCAGAAGCAAACGUGCAAAACUCUCCUACUCUCAGGCCUCCAGCCCAGACAGUUUGUGAGAUGGCAAACUGCCAUCUGAAGGAUGGAGAUGAGGUGAGAGGUGGCCUGCAGAGUCAGUUCAAACUGACAGGGUCUUCUUUUGGUCUUCGUGCCGUGAGGAAGGACUCAGAGUGACUGUUCCCAACACAGAGCAGGAGAGGGGUCUUGCCUCACCGAGCGAGUUGAGGCAGGGCUGGACAGGUGAGGACAGUAAGAUUGUUGCCAUUCUUCCAAGAGAAAGGUUGAAAACCAGAACUAGGUGAGGACAACCUUAUGGGACCUUGUAGAACAAGUGACCAGGCGGUCUGCUUGCCUGGUGAUGUGUGUGUUGGAACUCUAGUCACUGUGACCCAAAGUUAAAUGAUCCCAAAGAAUAAAGCUGCCUAGAGGUUUGGUUGAUGUUUGAGGUGGUGGGACUGAAUUUUUCGUGCAUUUAUCCAGAGACUUCCGAGAGUUGGUAGCAAAAUCAGAACUGUUCACCUUCCCAAACCUUCGGCUCGCUUCUCCUCCUCUCUCCCUCAAACAGGGACUGUCAUUUAAUUACACGUUUGGUUUGCAGAUGUCACUGUGGAGCUAUACCUGGAACACCCAUCCUGAAUCUGAACUCGUUUGUCAUCUCCUGCUUGGACUUUGGUCUUAGACUCUUUGGGGGGGGGGGGGUGGAAUUAGACUUUUCUUGUAAUUAUUUUGAAAGCCUCACAUGUAUAUUAUAGAAAUACUAGGGGGAAAAAAAAGACAAAUUCCAAUCCGUAGUCCUACUACUCAAGACAAAUAUUGUUAUCCUUUGGGAUGUAUCUUUUGGUUCUUUUUGGUAUAAAUGUCCACAUGCACAUGCCUUUUUUCUUUUUUUACAAAAACUGGAUCACAUUGUACAUACUCUUUAAUAAUUACUUUUCAAACUGUGUGUUUAUGUGGUAGAAUAUGUAAUGCAGACACAGGUACAAAGCUCCAGAAGUACAAAAAGCUCUGUAGUGAGAAGUCAAUCUCCUUCCCACCCUGUCUGCCAGCAUCUAGUUUCCUUCCAAUCACUUGUAUACCCUUCCAGAGACAGUGAUGCAUUUUCAAGUGUAUGUAUGUAUUUUGUCACAAAUGGUAACAUAUUGGACACACUUUUUUUGCACCUUGUGCUGCUUCACUUACUGUAUCAUGAACGUAAUAUUUUUGUGUGUGUCUCCCAAAUUUUUUCAACAGCAUCAUGGACCCUCCUUUGCUAAUCAGCCUCCUGAUAGUGAUUAUUUCAUUUGUUCCCAAUCUUUAUUGUCAAUAAUGUUGCAACAGAUGUUCUUGUAGCUCAAUUUUGCACAUAUCUAUGACUAUUUCCUUAGGAUAAAAUCCAAGAAGGAAAUUGUUUGGCUAUCUUAAAGAAUUUUCGUAAUGUGGUGUCAACUGCCCUCCAGAAAGUUUGUACCAGAGCACUCUCCUAUUUGCAGGCCUGAGAGUGCCCUGUUCCCUGCCCCUUACUAAUCAUGGGUAUUACCUCUUAUCAAAUCUUUACCAAUUUGAUAAGAAAAUUAUAGUAUAUCAAUGUUAUAUGGACUCACACUUCUUUAUUUGUGAAUAACAUCUUCAUAUGCUUAUUGA